GUCAACGGCCAUUGAAGGUCCCUAUUUUCAGGUCACGAGCAAACAUCUCUUUCACGCACAACCAAAACAAUGAGUCUGUUCUUGCUUCUUCUUCUUCCUCUGUUCUUCAUUUCAUUUAGUAUCCUCUACAAAUUCAUAUGGAUCCCACUUCAGAUCCAACGCCACUUCCGUCAACAAGGCAUCAGAGGUCCCAAUUACCGCCUACUUUUCGGUAACUCUGCCGACAUCCGACGGAGAAUGAUCGCCAAGGCAGAAUCAUCACGGCCAGUUUCUUUCAAUCAUGACGGAGUUGUUCAGAGGGUGAUGCCACACUACUACAAUUGGUCGAAGGUUUAUGGCGAUACGUUCCUAUAUUGGUUCGGGUCAACGGCCCGGCUGGCCUUAUCCGACCCGGAUAUGAUCAAGGAGAUACUGGUGAACAAAAGCGGUUCGUUUGGGAAGAUCCGGUUCAACCCGGUUUCCAAAGCUUUGUUUGGGGAGGGACUUGUGGGGUUGGAAGGUGAAAAGUGGAUUGUUCAUAGAAGGAUCACAGGCCACGCCUUUAACAUGGAGAGAGUUAAGGAAUGGAUACCCGAGAUUGUGGAUAGCACUCAAAAUAUGAUGAACAAAUGGAAUGCAAAAAUUGGCGGAAGAAACGACGCCGAAUUGGAAUUCGACGUGCACAAGGAAUUUCAUGAUCUCUCUGCAGACAUUAUAUCACGCACGGCUUUUGGAAGCAAUUUUAAAGAAGGAAAACGAAUAUUUGAGUUGCAAGAGCAACAAGUUGCAUUAGUAUUACAAGCCUUGCGAAAUGUCUAUAUCCCGGGUUUUAAGUAUAUACCGACAAAAAAUAACAGGAAAAGGUGGAAGCUUGAUGAAGAAACAACGAAAUUGAUAAGGAAAUUGAUCGAGAAAAACAAAAAUAAACUAGAAGAUAGUGGAACACUCCUUGAAUCCUUGAUGUCUCCAUACAAGAAAGAGGAUGUACUUAAUCUAGAGGAGAUUGUGGAUGAAUGCAAGACAUUUUAUUUUGCAGGAAAGGAAACAACGGCUAAUCUUUUAACAUGGACAUUUCUUCUUCUUGGAUUACAUCAAGAAUGGCAAAACAAGGCUCGAGAAGAAGUUGUUCGCGUUUGUGGUCACAAUGCGUUUCCCAAUGCAGAGAAUUUGACAGACUUAAAGAUUAUUAACAUGAUAUUGAAUGAGACACUUAGACUCUACCCCCCGGCAGUGAUGAUGAUGAGACAAGCAUCGGAAAAUGUGAAGUUAAAGGGAAGAAUUGACAUUCCGGCUGGAACGCAACUUUUUAUAGCCAUGACCGGAGUUCAUCAUGAUGCAAGAAUAUGGGGAGAAGAUGCGAAUGAAUUCAAUCCAAUGAGGUUUUUGGAUCCUAGGAACCAUUUAGCUUCGUUUUUCCCAUUUGGUUUGGGUCCUAGAGUUUGUGUUGGACAAAAUCUAGCAAUGAUAGAGGCGAAAAUUGUUGUGGCUAUGAUUGUUCGAGAAUACUCGUUUGGGGUUUCACCUACAUAUGUUCAUGCUCCAAUGCAAUCCUUAACUUUGCAAACCCAGUAUGGUGCUCAAAUAAUAUUUACUAGGAGAAAAUUAAGUAGUUUGUCCAACGGGAAGUUAUAAAUCGGCAUAUUUGGAUAUCUUAGUUUGUUCCGUUUUAAUGUUUAAUGAAAAGUUUUCACAUGUAUAACUUCAAAUUUCUUUUAUCCAUUUCAAGAAGAGUUUUAUGUUUGUAAAAA